GGCAUUUUUGUUUGGUGUUGACGUGAAUACUUGGCCUUUUGAAGUAAUUAUCGUUGGACUCUCGAAGUCGAAGGAGCAAGUGAGGCACAGUGAGCCAGGCAGCUGGACUUUAUUAUAAAUAAAUACGUCGUUCAUUUUUGGACAAUUUAUCCCAUAACUUAAACCAACAUUCUACGCCGCCAAAACAAGCAUCACCUCCACCCCUCCAUUGAAGGUUAAAAGACAAACAGACAUCACAUCAUAUCCUCCCACACACACACAAUGACUACCCCUCGAGUCUUCGUCAUCCGCCAUGGCGAAACGGAAUGGUCUCUCAAUGGACGCCAUACAGGUAUCACAGAACUUCCUUUAACUGCCAAUGGAGAAAAGAGAAUUCGUGCAACAGGAAGAGCAUUAAUUGGCGAUGACCGAUUAAUUGUUCCGAGAAAUUUGGCUCACAUCUAUGUCUCCCCUCGGAAACGUGCCCAAAGAACCCUCGAACUUCUCGAAGUAGGAUGUGCAGAAAAACUUCCAUGGGAAGAACGACGAAAACAUGCUGAAAAUGGAAUUCGCACAUCAGCAAAAGUAGAAAUUACUGAAAAUAUCCGGGAAUGGGAUUACGGUUCUUAUGAAGGAAUCACCUCUGCACAAAUUCGCUCUGAUCGUAAAGCCGCCGGACUUCCCGAGUGGGAUAUUUGGCGCGAUGGUUGUCCUGAUGGCGAAUCCCCCGAACAAGUCACCGAACGUAUCGAUGCUCUCAUCUCGGAUAUCCGAUCCAAAUACCACGGCCCCGUAAUUGGGAAAGAUAAAAAGGAUGCAGGACCAGGAGAUGUAUUGAUUGUAGCUCAUGGACAUAUAUUGAGAGCCUUUGCGAUGAGAUGGGUUGGAAAGACGUUGCAGGAUGGACCGACCUUUUUGCUAGAGGCGGGCGGAGUAGGAACAUUGAGUUAUGAACACAAGAGUUUAGAAGAACCAGCGAUUUUGUUAGGAGGUGCAUUUAUGGUGGAUGUGGUUGAGAAUUCAGUGGAGGGUGAGAGGGAAAAGGGGGAGAAAUAGAUGAGUUAUUUUGUGAGGUGGAGAUGGAUAUGUAUUGAUUUAAGAGGAGUAAUUAGAGAGAUUUAGAAAUGUUUAGAUAGCCUUGCUGAUUAAAUAAAUAACGCUGUACUUAUUUUUUCCCUUUCUAAAUCCCUUAUCGAACAGUCAUACAAGAGUUAUUACUCCUAGUAAUCUUAUACACAUCACACUCAUAUAUAAAUAACUAAGAAGAAAAGACA